AUGCAGGCAUCCAGGCUGGUGGAGCUGCCCUACUCCUCCUCCUCCGACGAUGACAGCUCGCUGGCUGGGGACACGGACCUUCCCGCAGCCGAGCAGGACCCUGGGGCUGGGGGCCCCGUCCCCCCCAAGCCGGGCACAUCCAGCCAGUGCGUGCGGUACCUGGCCUUCCUCUGGAACUUCCUCUUCCUCCUGCUGGGCCUGCUGGCCCUGGCCGUGGGGGUGUGGGGGCUGCUGGCCAAGGGCUGGCUGGGGGGGGAGCGCCUGGCCCCGCUGGGCUCCGACCCCAUGCUGCUCUUCGUGCUGGUGGGGCUGGGGGCCAGCACCGUCUCCCUGGCCGGCUGCCUGGGCGCUCUCCGCUCCAGCCCCUGCCUGCUGCGCUUCUUUGUGGGGGCCGUGCUCACCUUCGUGGGGCUGGAGGUCCUGGGGGGGCUGCUGCUGCUGGUGGCACGGCACCGGCUGCGGGACGCCCUGCGGGACGCCCUGCUCCUCUGCCUCCUGCGCUACCAGGAGGAGCCUGACCUGCGGUUCCUGGUGGACGAGGUGCAGCGGAGCCUCGAGUGCUGUGGCCUCGGCUCCUACCAUGACUGGGAGACCAACCCGUACUUCAACUGCAGCGCCCCGGGAGUGCAGGCGUGCAGCGUCCCUGCCUCCUGCUGCCUGGACCCCUGGCAGAACGGCACCGUCACCAACGCCCAGUGCGCCUUCGGGGCUGCCACGGGGGAGACCCCCAUCCCCACAACCUUGACUUAG